UUAUACCAGUGUUUAUGUGUUUAGAUGAAUAAACAAUGCUGUUGUGUUAUUAAGUUGUUACAUUACUGCUUUUUUAAUUUGAUGCUCGACCAACUUUUGAAUACUAUUAUUUAUUUAUUAGGGAUAGUCUGUAAUAUGUUAUCUCUAAAAUGUAAACUAUGUGACGGUUUAAUGCUACUGGGAUAAUUCAUCAUUAUUAUUAGAUGAAGCAUACUUAAGCUUCGUUGGUUUCAGCUUCUCAGUAGCGGUUGAUAGCUGCGAACUCCCGACCACAGUUAUAAAAAAAUUAACUGUUAAUCCAAGGUUUUCAUUUAAGAUCGUAACAAAGAGAACAUUUUUAAACGUAAAAUGUCGCACAUUCCGUCAAUAGAUUAUUUCAACAAUGCUAUUUGGAAUAUUCAACCAGUCUUUGAUAAACCGUCUUCACAAGAUCCCUCUACAUCACACUCUGAAAAUUUCGUAGUCGUCCCGCAGAGCCAGCUAGAUUCUUCUAUCCGACUGAUAAAUUCUGAAUUCGAGAUAAUGGGUUAUUCAAAAGUUUUAAGGGUGGAAAAUGGAGAAAUUCAAAUCACUAUGAAUAGUUUUAUUGAUGGUGUGUUAAAGUUGAUUACAUCCUAUCGUAAAAGUUUAAAUGGUCGUGAAGAAAUUGAAUUAAAUUUUCAUCGUGUACAGUCAGAUUUAACUCAAGUACAAAAACUUUAUCGAAGAUGUCAGCAAAAUUUGGAAGAAACACAAAGAUCAAAUGAAUUAAUCAAAGAAAGGGAAAAACAAGCUUUAAAUGAUAAAAAGUUACUUAAUGAUCGUUUGAAAUCUACAUGUAAUGAACUUCGUAAAGUUCAGUCAAAUUUCCAACGACAUGAAAUCCAAUUUCUACACGAACGUCGUAAGCUAGAGAAAGAAGCAACGGAUCUUCGGAAACGCUUAACAUUUUUAAUUGACAAAGCCACUCCUAACUGGAACAAAGGACAAAAAACAAAUAAACCGUCUUGUUCUCCAACGGUUUUAUCAAUGUCACAGUGGUUUUUAUCGUCAGAAGUUGAUAAAAAGCCUGAAAUAACAAAUGGGGAACCAUCCAGUUCCCGGAGAUUUGGAAGUACAAUUCGAACUAAUUCUGGUUUAGGUAGUGCCAAAUUUGAGUCAGUUACCUCAGUCAAUAACUUUGAUUCUCACAUCAAAGACGAUUUGGAUGUUCAAACCUCCAGGGCUGAUUUCUCAUCAUUAAUAGUUCAACAACUGGAAAGUCGCCAAAAUGACUUACUUUAUGAGAAUCGUGAACUUCGAGAUCUUGUCAGUCAACUCUCUUUAAGAAUGAUUCGAUUCACUGAUUUUCUCCAACGACAUUGUACUACAUGGGUACAAAAUGAUGAUAAUGUGCUUCACUCCAAUGAAUUCGAUGAUGAAUUCUUUUCACUUGAUGACGAAGAAGACGACGGCAAUGAGUAUUUUAGACGAGAAUCAUUCGACGAAGAUUAUUCAACUAUUGCCAUGUCUAAAGAAAAUGGUCGUAGAAAAUCAGCUCUUGUUAAUAAUCUUUUAAUUGAAUUACCGUAUGCAGUAAUUCGUGAUGAUCUUACCAGACGCGUACGUUAUGUAUCUCGAUGUCUUUGGUGUAAAUUAAAAUGUUUAGCCAAACACUAUACGACAAAAACAGGAGUAACAACAGAGAGAAAUGUAACAGAAAAUGUUGUAAAUUCACAAACUUUUGUAUUAGACCUCCCAAGGUCUGUUGAUGGAGAUAAUGAAUAUGAUGAAGUGGAACUAUUAAAAAGUCAGUUAGCUGAUGUGAAAUCUUUGGCUGGUUGUAAGUCUUUAUUAAAGGGGAAAAAGUUGAUUAUGGAGGAUAUUUUAUUCUCAAGUUAUAACUUGGACAAAAUGAAAUUUUUGGAUUUAACCAGUUCGAAUCCGGAACUUGAUGGGAAAAAUGAAGUACACUUUGACAAACAUAAUGUUCCUUUAUUAUUGAAGGAAUCCAGUAUUCGAAUUUCAAAGAAAAAUAGAACGGACAGCUCCUCAAAUUCAUCAGAUAAUUUACUUUAUUCUCCAUGUAAUUAAUCUUUGGCUUUUAUUAUCUAACUGGUUUUGACUUGAGGCAAGUGAGUUUUUAUGUAUGAAGAUGAAAGAUAAUAUGUGAACUUCAUGUGUUGACAUUGUUGAAGUUCACAAAUAGUUUAAACUAUUUUAACUGACCACGGCUUUAUCUACAUCGGAUAAUUCAGCUGGAAUGCAGGUACAUCCAGCUAACAAGUCCCUAGUACAACUGAACACACGUCCCGGAUUGCACUGCUAGCUACAUCUCAUCUAUUUUAUGCAUUGGAUAGUGUUCGUCUGUAUAGAAAACUAAAAUAUUCUUAGAGCGUUGACCAAUUACUUUAGUUUUAAUCACAAGUUAAAACGUUGAAUUCGAUUACGUUACUGUGAUUGCUCAUUGUGAAAGGAAACUGAUGUCGUUUUGUGAAAUACUUGAUCAUUAUCAAAUUGUAGUUUUCUUUCUACCUAUUCAUUUUCGUCCACUCAGUGAAAAACAAAAAAAAAACAGCUUAAACAAGCAACAUACUGAUUUUGUUGGAUGAAUUUUGUGUGAUCUAUUGCUGUUGUCUGAUCAUUGUUACAUUUCUGGAUUUUAAAAGCUAAACAAAAAUUCUGCACGUUAAUUUUCAUCUUAUAGUUUGGUACGCUAUUAGCAGACAUCACUAUUUCUAAAGUAUUCAGUUUGUCAGACAGACAAUCAUUCAGUAAUGUUGUUACAAAGAAAAUUCACAUGGAAUGAGCAGAUAAUUAGUCAUUCAUGAUCAAUAUAGAGUCUAGUACGGAAUACGCUUCGGCCCAAACUGGCAUACUUCGUUGGGACGACGAGGUAAAUAACAAACGAAUCGAAAGACAGUCUAAGAGCAAUGAUUUUGAGAAAGACAAAACGUGAAUAUGGUUUAAAGUGACAGUGGAAAGUUAUGCAUAAAGGGAUACUAGAAUUCAAGAUCUAGAGCAUGAUCAGAAGUUUAUGCAUCUGUGCCCUUAAGACCGAUUCUGAGCCAUGCAACUUUGACCACUGGUCGCUGUCAUCAUGUCAACUACAAACAGGUAAUCUGCACUUACACGGUUCUAACCAAGAGUCUAUAAAUUUAUGGACUAAUGGUACAUCUUGAUUUGGGUGCCUCUAUUUUUCGUCUUAUUUGCUUCUACACUGGCUUAAAGCCCACCGUGGAAGUUAGUGGUGGUUGAGCAUAUGUAAUUCAUCCCCUAACCACCUCAGUCGAUGGUGAUUCACAACCUCAUCAAUCGAUUCCCCACCUUCACCUAGCACUCUAUGCUAGAUAAAUGACCAAUGCUUCAAAGACACUUAUAAUCAAAAACCUUCAGCUUACACAUUUAGAGCCAAGUGAAUGUACUUUUUGGAAAUAACUUUAAGGCAUAAAACAAUCUAUCUGUUAGUUAGAUGGAAACUAAUGACACUAAAAUUCAUUCACAUUAAGGUGUAAUUCAAGGAAUUUGCAUUUUGUUUCGUUAUUUUUAUUUAACCGAAUGACACUUUGUUAGAGAAAACACUAGUAUUCCUAUGUUUAUACUAUUGUAUGCUCUGUCCUUUUCUCUGCUGACUCAACUAUAUGUGUGUAAUUUUGAUUAAAUGAUUGAAGUUCUUUUAGAAACUGAAAAUAAUGAUAGAUAUGUCCGUGGAGAUAAGCUGUUCAGUACUGAUCAUACUGAUUUCAAUUAUAGUUAAAAUAAUGUAUUCUUAUUUGUGAACAGUUAAACUUUCUGUAUCAUUAUUAGCAAGUGUUUAAACUAUCUUGGUAAUAUUCAAUGAUAUAUUUCGAUCAGUCUUCGUUGGCAUUUGUGAAUUGUAUACGAAUUGACUUAGUAUGAUCAAGAUACAGUCCUAAAUAUUAACACCAGAAUAAUUCAAACCCUUACUACUAAAUGAUGUAAACAUCUUACCCAUUAAAUACGUCAGUGGCUAUCUGGAUUCAGUGAAUAACACUGGCGAAUCUUAGUGUAAACAUCAGCACUGAGAUCUGUGUAGACCAAAACAGACAAGACUGUCGACCUGAAAACGAUCGCUUGCUACAAUCCGUCCUUUUUGACAAUAAAAUAAUAAUUCUUACACUACUUUCUACCUCGCUCAUCAAACCCAUAGAAUACAUUGCAUUCAUUUACCCAUAUGUAUAUAUGCACAAGCGAUGUACUAAUUUGAAUGCUUUUUUAAGUCUAUCCAUCACAUAUUAAUUUCUUAUUACAAAUAAUAAUCAAUCAAGAGGACACUGAUAAUACAAGGUUUUGUAGUUCUUGAUCCCCUUUAUUGAUUUUAACUAACUAUUUAGUUAACCUUUUUCUAACUCUUAUUUUGUAGUCUACUUUUUUUUUCUCUCUCUCUCUCUCUCUCC